UUUUCAGUUACAUUUAGUAUUUCCAACUCGGCGAGCGCGUAUGCUGUGAGCGGAACAUUUUCUUUGCGACUAUAAAACAAUUUUACGGCAAAAAGCAUAUUUUUUUUUACUGUGGUGUUAAGCAUUGGAACACAAUGCUCAGGGUUGUGUUAACUGCUGGUCUUGCCAUUCAGUUGCUAAUAUUAAAUGUUUUCGCUGCGGAUAACAUACUCGCACAAUUUCCAGAUAACAAUCAACAUUUCAAUCGCACUCUGGCCGCCAUAAUGCGUCCCAGAGUUGUGAGUACGGUUGGUCAUACCGAAGUGAAAGAUUUCAUAAAGAGUGAACUGAAAACACUCGGCUUUAACGUGGAACUAGACGAAUUUACGCAAAAGGUUCCGAUAUUGGGUAACGUCACUUUCACUAAUAUUAUCGGCGUUUUAAAUCCCACCGCCCACGAUUUCCUGGCGCUGUCUUGUCAUUAUGAUAGCAAGUAUUUCAAAGAUGAUCCCGGUUUUGUGGCUGCUAUAGAUUCAGCGGUGCCGUGUGCUAUAUUAUUAAAUACCGCCAAGACUUUGUCGAAGUUUUUUCAAGGAAAAUUUAAAGCCCGCAGAGAUAUUGGAUUGAUGUUGAUAUUCUUCGAUGGUGAAGAGGCUAUCAAGGAGUGGUCAGAAACGGAUUCUUUAUAUGGCUCACGGCACUUGGCAAAUAAACUGUCCAAUAUACGUUCUGGUUCGCGCCGCAAUAUUGACCGAAUUGAAGUUUUGGUGCUACUCGAUUUGAUCGGCGCCGCUAAUACUAAAUUUUAUAGUUUUUAUCCGAAUACUUAUGGCUUACAUCACACAUUGUCAGAAAUCGAGCUGUCUUUGUCAGCAGCUGGUCAACUCGAGGGUCGCAAUUUAAUAUUUAUGAAACGACCAACUUCCGGGUUGGUCGAUGACGAUCACAAGCCUUUCCUGCAACGAAAUGUUCCAGUUUUACAUCUUAUACCGAGAGAAUUUCCACCACAAUGGCACACGCCAAACGAUAAUGCAGCAAAUUUGCAUUGGCCAUCAAUUCGCAAUUUUAAUAAAAUUUUCCGUGCUUUUGUUUAUGAAUAUUUACAGCGAUAAUAAAUAUAAUACAUAAAAUUUUAA